AUGGACCAGGGUGACCUCUCCGACCCGCACCGUCAGCCGAGUGGCGAGCGCGGUGACCUAGCCACAACGACCUUCAUGAAUCAAACGUGGAGAGACACACAACCCCAACGCGCUGGCCAUGCGACCCCCUACCUUAACCUCUCGAGCACGACGCGGCGGAUCCAACUUGCAGAGAAGGACGACCUCGUCUAUGGUCUGAUACCAGGACCCCCAGGGCGUGUCGACCACCACUACCCCGCUCGUUUCAUCAAAAUCAGCCAUCCUCACCGCGACGCGCAUGCCAACGAUAGGGUGCACCAGUCCCCUUGUGAUUUGAAUCAAACGGCCGACGCACAACAGGGGUUUCGCCUGAAAAACAAGCAAAUCAUGGCCUCCUCGCAAGACUUGUGUUUUACAAUCGCCCCUUCAAAGCCGGAUCCAGAAUCAGGCACCCCCGAGAUUAUCCUCAAACCGUGCAAGACUGGCAAUAUGAGCCAAGAAUUUUUCUACAAUACCAGCAGCAUGCAGCUGCAACAUCUGCACGAGCGUUUGUGUCUGGACCUGGACUCGGACGACUCGCGCGUCGAGCUGUACCCUUGCCAGGACCAACCCAGCACCAACGAACAAUGGUUGCUCAAUAUAACCAACCGUAUCGUUUCUGCUGAAGACGACCAGACCACCUGUUUGGCAGCCUGUCGGGGAAUUGCUGGCGGCAACGUGGGCACGCUAGCCAACAUCAGCCUCGCCGGCAAGCACGCCGCGCGCCUCGAGACCGACAAGGGCUAUACUGUUCUCCUUGAGAGCCUGGCUCAGGAUGUUAUACGGGUGCAGUUUGAACCCUUCGGUAGCUUCACAGCCGCUACAGACUUGGGCAUUGUGCUCAACGAUCGAUUUGAUACCCCGCCAGCGGUAUUGGAGGUGCGCGAUCACGUGAUCAAGGCAGGCGCUGUCACUGUCACCGUGUCACAUGCACUGAUGGGCCUCGAGGUGACAGAUGCGGCGGGCAACAUCGUGCUCAGCGAGAUUUACCCGCUCACAUGGAACACCUCAAGUCUGUGGCAAACGAUUGCACUCGCACAGGACGAGCAGAUCUUUGGAGGGGGCAUGCAGAAUGGCUACUGGUCACAUCGUGGUCGCGAUGUGUUGAUCGAGGAAGUCUCCACAGCCGGCUAUGGUGUUUUGCGCAACACAUACGCCCAUGGCAUGUAUGCUUUUCAUCGGGUCGAUGAAGUGACGCUACGUCACGACGAGGCCCGCUUUGAUGCGGUGUACUUUUUUGGACCCCCCAAGCGGGCCUUGGAUCUCUACACGCAAGCCACUGGGCGGCCAUUCAUGCCCCCGCUAUGGGGUUUGACGCUGGGGGACUCUGACUGCUACAAUUCCCACAACCGCACCACCAAGGACGUGGUCAAGGUGGCCCAGGCAUACGAUCGACACCAAAUGCCCGGGGGCUGGAUGAUCAUGAACGAUGGCUACGGGUGUGGAUAUGAGGAUCUGGAGGCGGUGAUUGCAAGCCUGCACCGCUUGGGCAAGUAUACGGCGCUGUGGACCUCAACGGGCUUGGCCAAUGCCACCUGGGAGAUUGGAACGGCUGGUAGCCGAGGCAUCAAGACCGAUGUGGGCUGGGUCGGUGCUGGCUAUCGAUUUGAGCUUGAUGCCGUCAAACUGGCCACCUCGCUCAUUGAAAACAACUCAAAUGCGCGCCGCUACAUUUGGACCGUCUGUGGUUGGGCGGGCACACACCACUACGCCGUCAUGUGGAACGGGGACAAUACUGGGAGCUGGGAAUACAUUCGCUUCCAGAUUCCCACUGUUUUGGGAUCGGCCUUUUCAGCCCAAGCGUAUACAAGCGGAGAUGUUGAUGGCAUUUUUGGAGGUGCCCCAGAAACGUAUGUCCGCGAUCUGCAGUGGAAGGUGUUUUUGCCAGUCCUGAUGACCAUGUCUGGGUGGGCUACCUACAACAAGCAGCCAUUUGUAUUUGGUGAACCCUACACGUCCUACAACCGAGAUGCACUUGACCUCAAGAUGCGCCUACUGCCAUAUCAGUACAGUUACUCGUACCAGGCAUAUUUGACGGGUUUAGCCAUGGCCCGGCCGUUGUGCCUCGAGUUUCCGGCCGAGACGCAGUUGUUGAAAUCCAACAACGUGACAGACUACCUAUUCAUGAGCGGAGAGUGGUUCUUGGUUGCCCCGAUGUAUGAGAACAGCACGCACCGCAAUGACAUAUACCUGCCAGGCGCCACGACGGGCGACUCGUGGUUUGACUAUUGGAGCCGUGUGCAUUACAAGGUAGCUCAGUGA